AUGGCAGCCAUGUCUGAAAAACCUGAUAAGGAGCAGCAAGUGCCCUUUCCCCCAAAUGCACUGGAGAUCUUCUGCCGUCUUCGAGCACAGCCGAGCACAGAGAAUGCCGCAGAGAGCAACCCGUUGAUACAUCGACAGAGCGACACCGUCCUCUCCCUCCGGCGCGCCAACUCGCCCAACACCGAACAGCAGUUCACCUUUGAGCACAUCUUCGACGUGGACUGCAGCCAGCGACAACUCUUCCACCGAGUGGCCGCACCAAAGAUUGCCGCCCUCCUCUCGGGUGAGGGCGACGGGCUGAUCUUCGCCUAUGGCACCACUGGCUCGGGCAAGUCCUUCACCAUUGGCGGGCAGCCGGGGAAGCCAGGACUGGUGCCAAACGCCAUUGCCAGUCUCUUCAGUCAGCUCGCUGGUCGACUGAGCACUGCCAACAUAGUCGACGAUGGACUGAAUUACUACACCAUCGAGAGUGGUGGCAGCUUGCCAAAUGAUGCUGAUGAAGACGAUGGUGGAAAGGGCAUCAUUGAAAAGUGGCUCGCAUUAGCUACCAACUUUGUUGUUGAUGAGGCAAAGGUCGUCAAUCGCAUUCAAAGACGCCGCUACGCUGUCUUCAUCAGCUUUGUGGAGAUCUACAACAACUACAUCUACGAUCUGCUGAAAGGAGGUGGAAAACCGCCAGGUGGUCCCGGUCAGCAGACAAUGACACCAGUGGAUGUCGGUGUUGACGGGCGUCGUCGACCUGCUCUGCAGCUUCGACUGGACGUCGGCCGCUCGACGGUGGCCACACACAAGAGCACCAACUUUUCAGUGUACGCUCACGGCGCCCGACAGGUGCAGGCAAAGACGGCCAAACAGGCGAUGCGACUCUUUCUGCAGGGACUGGCAAACCGACAGACUGCCGCCACCCAACUGAACCUCACCUCCAGUCGAUCCCACUCAGUCUUCACCAUCAAACUGGUCAGCUACGAGGAGCCUCAAAAUGCAGUCAUUCAACCUCAACUGUUCACGGUGAACCAGCUGAGCGUCGUCGACCUGGCCGGAGUGGAGCGCAGCAAGUGGUCCAAAGUGAGCGGAGCGGCGCUUGCCGAGACGUCGAACAUCAACAACUCACUGCUGACGCUGCGCAACUGCUUCCAGGUGAUGCGACUGAAUCAGCAGCAGCAGCAGCAGCAGGCAAGUUCGUCAACACGUUCAGCCGCCACUGCUGCCGUUGUGCCCUACCGAAAUCACAAGCUGACCUACCUGCUGAAGAGCUUCUUUGAGGGCGGCCAGUCGAACAUCAGCAUGAUCAUCUGCCUGAAUGCAUUGGCUGACGCCGAGGAGAACGCUCAGGUGCUCGCUUUCUGCAGCAAAGCACAGGAGGUGCUCAUUGUUAAGCAGCAAAAAGAGCAGGAGAACUUUGAGGUGGACGAAGAGGUGCUGGUGGAUGCAAAUGAUGACCACCUGACGUCAAUUGUAAACAGCUUUACUCUGACUCGUCCUCAUGAGGGCAAAGCAGAGCCCCUGGAAACAAUGACAACCAGCGCCGACUUUGCUGCCUUUAUCAGUCAGACCGAGCAGUACCUGAGUGCACAUGCCAGCGAAGCUACCUUGCUGAUAGACACUUGGAACCAAAGCAUGCAACAGUUGUCUGACUUUCUGAAACGCUACCCGCCCGAACGCCAGGAUCUCCGACAGUCCUUCUGCCUGAACGAGCGUACCUUCUACUCGCUAAAGACGUCCGCUCGCAUCGUCUCUCUGCUGAAGCCGCCACCAAAAGGCCGCAAAGGCUGUGGUCGAGCUUCCUGUAAGCUGUACCGCGCCAGACAACUCCGCUCCGAACUGAGCAGCAUUACUGCUAAUGAAACGCCCAUCAUUCUCUCUCGAGGGCCACCGAGUACUGCUGCUGUGCCUGGCGGUGGCAGUGUUGCAAAUGCCAACGGCAAGCUGAAGAACUCUCAGCUGCUCUACCAGAGCAACGCCCACCUUCUGAGGGAGCUCACGCGAGAGCUGACCAGUUGGCAGGCGGCCAGUGUGGACGCCGCCAUGAAACAGCAGGGCGCCAGAGCUGAGCUGGCCGUCUACAUCAAUCGAGGCAACAAAGGUGGCGGCGGAGGAAGCGUGGGAGCUGGUGUUGGUGGCUCAGUGAAGAAGAAGUUGGACGUCUUCAAUCGACUGUACCUGCAGACGCCUGCUCGCUACAAGACCGCAGCUGCAGGGGUUGCCAGAACUAGAGCAACAGCCAACAACAACAGAGGCAAAGUGUCAAAGUUGUGCGCCUUCUUCACGCCGCCCUCAUCGGCGCAGCAGCCUAAAAAUGCUACUACUACCACUGUGGCUGCUUCUGACACCGGCGGCAAUUCUACGCCUCGCAAAGCCCAUCCUUCAAUGGCCGCCUCGAAGACUGUUGUCCAGUCCAUGUGCAAGCGGUUCAAUGACAUGUAA